GCCUGACUCAGGGAUCUAAAGCUGAGUGGUGCAAACAGCCCCCCGUCCCUUUACUCGGCUCUCUCGAGGCAGAGCAACUAAACGCCAGUGGCUCAUCUACACUGCCGCUGCUAAACCCUGUGAAAACCAUCGGGGAUAGCAAAGCUGAAAAAGUUUUGCAGAAGGCAUUUAGCAUAAAAAGGACUGUACAUUGUCAACUCAGGCUUAUAAAGUUAACAAAACCAAGCUACUACAGACAGUGAUUACUGAAUUAAUAAAUUGUUUCAUCUCUGGUCCAUGAUUCCUAUCAAAGAUCUGAAAGGUAACUAAGAAAAGCAAGCUCAUUCACCACAAAGGAGCCCACAUCCGCCUAUCAAAGUAUUUUAGGUGUCCAUGAAGGGGAAACUCUGAAAACUGCUGUUGCAGAGAAAGCACACAGCAAGUAGCUGACUAGCUCAUCCAGCUACUUUGGAUACCUAAAACAAGUUGGUAAAUAACCCUUAAAUACAUGUGUUUCAACCAAAAUGUUAAUCAAACAAAGUUAAAUGUCUGUAGCAAAUCCCGAGUUCAGAUUAACUUCCUACUACUUACUGAAACAAGAUAUGUAUUCUUUAAGAGACAUGAACUGUAAUCCAAAACUGCUGAACACCAGAUUAGGGCGACUGAUGACAUUUUGCCAACGGUUAAAUACAAAGAUGUACUGUCCAGCCCAUCCAGGUUACUUAACUGGCAGCUCUUUUUCUAGCAGCUCCUUUUUUGUCCGAGCUGGGACACUACGGUAACUGAUUGGCACGCAGUGCUGUUUUUCCCUUUCUCAACUGUGACUGGACUUUAAAAAUCAGCUUUAGAGAAAAGUCCACCCAAUCAAUCCAGAGAGUCGCACUUCAAGAGGAACACAGCAAGUACACAAACCCAGCUCUAAGUUUCAAGUGCUCUAACACAGAGGAAGGAGCUCUGCGCAGUACGGCUCCUUUGCCCUCACGCUGGAAAUGACGGAGGCCAGCAUUCUCCUCUUUCGUGCUUGCCUGGCGCUGCUCGCCAUGCCCAUCUACCUGCUAUCAUUCCUAGGUAUGUGGGAGCCUUUCUGCAAGAAGAUAUUUUUUCCUUUCUUCCUCGAGAAGCUUUCUGCAGUUCACAACAGGAAAACACUGAAGCAGAAACAGGAGCUAUUUCGUAAUCUGCCUGAGUUCACGGGCCCCUCGGGAGAGCUGAAGCUGCUGGAGAUUGGGACCGGCUGCGGUACUAACUUCCAGUUCUACCCACCCGGCUGCAAAGUGACAUGCACCGAUAUAAACCCUCACUUCCAGCAAAGCCUUUCUCGAAGCAUGAACCAGAACCAGCACCUCCGCUAUGAGCGUUUCCUAGUAGCUGCAGCAGAAGACCUGAGCCAGGUGCCCAGCGGUUCUGUGGACGCAGUCGUUUGCACGUUAGUCCUAUGCUCUGUGCAGGACAUAAACGGCGCCUUGAAAGAAGUACUGCGAGUGCUCAGACCGGGAGGUGCUUUCUAUUUCUUGGAUCAUGUGGCUGCUGAUCACUCCAGCUGGAAGUAUUUCUGGCAGCAGGUCUGCUAUCCAACUUGGAAACUCGUGUUUGAUGGGUGCUGCCUAACAAGAGAGACAUGGAAAAACCUAGAACAGGCCAACUUCUCCGAACUGAAGUUACAACACAUCAGCGUUCCUCUGCCCUGGACACCUAUUAAGCCUCAUAUCAUCGGAUAUGCUGUGAAGUAAUUCAUACUGCACUGUAACUUUCUCCUGUGUCCUCAAAGAAAUUCCUUGACAUAGUCAAAGCAGCAAAAUGGUGUAAGCUAAUUUAAAUAGCCACAUCCAGGUUAACAUGAUUAACCUUCAGUUAUCUUAAGUUUCCGCUUUAAAUGUCAAAUGAGAAAGAGGUCCAGCUUCCUAAAAAUCCUGAAACUGAAAUAAUCACAUUGAUGACAGGCUUUAUAGGUAAAGCAUCAGAAACCGGUAUUCUGAAGUUCCAACUAGCACAAAAAUAAAGCAGACAUGCCUGGGCAUACGUUAAACCCUCA